GCGCAAGACCCCGGACAAGCGAAAACCCUUGGUGGCUAGCGCAACUGCCGAUCACUAUCAACACCCCAAAGUAAUUGGGUAGCGGCCAGAAAGGCGGGCUGGGCUCUACUGUGGCCGGAAAUAACCGGACUCCACAGAAGACAGUUCCCGCUGGAGUGACGUUGGCCAAGACAGAGUCUAGCUGGUCGACCUAGUAAGGAGGAAAGGGCAGCCAUAGACCUUGACUGGCAAGCGCUCGGAUUGGUUGAUUUUAGUAUUGUUUCAAAGGAGACUCUUCCACGAUUGGCCACGAAAGUCAAGCGGAAACCCGGAGAAUAUCAAACUGGCAAAUAUGGAACCUGAAUAUACAGAAACCGAAAACAUAAAAUUAGAAAACAUGGAAACUGAAACUAUUUCUUCAGUUUCAACUCUGCAAGCCCUUUCUAAGCUACUUUAUCCUGAAGAAGAGGAUGAUUUUGAGUCCGAACAGUUUAAAUGUUCAUCUGUGAUUGGAGCCAUGGAUCCUGGGCAUAUUGGACCACCAAAACAAGAAGAGCUUAAAGUUAUUCCUCAAACCAGUGAUGAAACUAGCGAGGCCAUCUGGAAUCCAGAAGAAGUUCCAGAAGGAGCAGAACACACUGACAUGUGGGAUGCUAGAGAAAUACCAGAGUAUGAUAUUAUAUACAAACAGCAGGUGGGAACUGAGGAUAUAUUCCUAGGACUGACGAAAAAGGACACUUCAACAGCGUGUUGUGAGGAUCUAGUGGUUAAAAUUAAACUGCCAAAUACAAACCCUUCUGAGAUUAGAAUUAAUGUCCAGGAAAUGAUCCUUGACCUUUGUACUCCUGAUAAGAAACUGUUGCUGAACCUCCCCCAUCCUGUGGAUUGCAACAGUGCCAAAGCUUUCUAUAUCCUGGAAACUGAAACUCUUGAAGUUACCGUAAAUGUGAAGAGAGAGUUGGAUUUUGUUAAUUUUUUCUGAAGCUGCAUGAAUGAAGCAAAAACAUGGCAAAAUAACCCUGAUAUAAAGUUUUUAAGAUUGGUUAAUAUUUUCUAUCUUCUCUUUAUUAUUCCGACAUACUUCAGAAAGGGCCUAAUUUCAAUUAUACUGUCGUUCUGAUCAUUUACAGUCAUUUCUGUUAUACUGGUAGAGAACAUUGUUUUCUCAUAUUAAUAAGCUCUUCCAUUUUUAUAGUGAUAACCAGAUAGAACUUAUAGGUUAAUCAUUAGAUUAUUGUAUGAUCAAUUAAAUAACAGAUAUGACCAUGAAGUAGUUGCUCUACUUAUUUUGGUAGUCUUAAACAUUUAAGCCAUUUAAUUAUGCCCUGAUACAAUCAGUUGCAUAGCGUUUGAUCAUUAUUAUCACCAGAAAAGUGUAUUUGGUUGUCUUUGCAUUGAUUUUAUCAAAUGACUUACUGACUGUUCUCCAUUUAGGGUCUCAUUGUUGUUCUAGAAUAUACAAAUAACAAAGGAUUAUAAAUAGUUUGGUGCACCAUACUGAUAACGUGUUUUACUUGAAUGUGAAAUACUCCUGAGCACACUGUAUUAUUUGGCUUCAUCAGUCCUGCUGUCAGUGCUUGGAUCUAGUUAGGUUAAAAAUAUUUUUCCUUUUACGCACUAAUAAUUAUUAACAGUGCCUUUCAGCAUACUGUGUUUAUAUUUAGUGAUUGAAAUCCUUGAUAUUUAAAAGGAAUAUAAAGAAAAGUGUGAUUUAUUUACAAAUCCUGUUCUCUCAUUUCCUGUCUUUAUUCUUAAAUUGGCCAUAUCUAUUUUAUGAAUUAUGCCAAUGUCCCCUACCUCUUCUCUACUGAUUUGCGUAAGUUUAUUUCAGAAUUAUUUAUGGAUAAAUUAUAUUUUAAAGUUUGUGUGACUUUGCCUCACACAUCAUUGUAGAACUGUGGUGUUACAUGGGAGUAAAUUCUGAAGAGAUGAGUAACUGAAAGAUAUGUAUUGCUUCUAUGUGAACUAUUAAAGGACUAAAUACUCAA